CCGCGCGCUGCCCAGCCUGGGAUGUGCCGGGGAUGCGCGCCCGCCGGCCCUGCGGCUCCUGGCAGCUGGGCGCGGGGCGAUGGAGCUGAGCAUGAAGAAGUUCACCGUGCGCAGGUUCUUCUCCGUGUACCUGCGCAAGAAGUCGCGCUCCAAGAGCUCCAGUCUGAGUCGCCUCGAGGAAGAAGGCAUCGUGAAGGAGAUUGACAUUAGCAACCAUGUGAAAGAAGGCUUCGAGAAGGCAGACCCUUCCCAGUUCGAGCUGCUGAAGGUUUUAGGACAAGGGUCAUAUGGAAAGGUGUUCCUGGUGAGGAAGGUCACAGGGUCGGAUGCUGGUCAGCUCUACGCCAUGAAGGUCCUGAAGAAAGCCACCUUGAAAGUGCGGGACCGGGUCAGAUCCAAGAUGGAGAGAGACAUCCUGGCCGAAGUGAAUCACCCUUUCAUCGUCAAGUUGCAUUACGCCUUUCAGACUGAAGGCAAGCUCUACCUGAUCCUGGACUUCCUGCGUGGAGGGGACCUUUUCACCAGGCUUUCCAAAGAGGUCAUGUUCACUGAGGAGGAUGUCAAGUUCUACCUGGCUGAGCUGGCCUUGGCUCUGGACCACCUGCACGGCCUGGGCAUCAUCUACAGGGAUCUGAAGCCGGAGAAUAUCCUGCUGGAUGAAGAAGGACACAUUAAGAUCACAGACUUUGGCCUGAGCAAGGAGGCCAUCGACCAUGACAAGAGAGCCUACUCCUUCUGUGGGACUAUCGAAUACAUGGCGCCUGAGGUGGUGAACCGGCGGGGGCACACACAGAGUGCCGACUGGUGGUCCUUCGGUGUGCUCAUGUUCGAGAUGCUCACAGGGUCCCUGCCAUUCCAGGGGAAGGACAGGAAGGAAACAAUGUCCCUCAUCCUCAAAGCCAAGCUGGGAAUGCCGCAGUUCCUCAGCGUGGAGGCGCAGAGCCUGCUGAGGGCCCUGUUCAAACGGAACCCCUGCAACCGGUUAGGUGCUGGCAUCGAUGGAGUGGAGGAGAUCAAACGACAUCCUUUCUUUGUCACCAUAGACUGGAAUAAGCUGUACCGCAAGGAGAUCAAGCCACCCUUCAAGCCAGCAGUGGGCAGGCCUGAGGACACCUUCCACUUUGACCCCGAGUUUACUGCAAGGACACCCACAGACUCCCCUGGUGUCCCCCCAAGUGCGAACGCCCAUCACCUGUUCAGGGGAUUCAGCUUUGUGGCCUCCAGCCUGGUCCAGGAGCCUUCACAGCAGGACGUGCCCAAGGUCCCCAUUCAUCCCAUUGUGCAGCAGUUACACGGGAACAACGUCCACUUCACUGAUGGCUACGAGAUCAAGGAGGACAUCGGAGUGGGCUCCUAUUCAGUGUGCAAGCGGUGUGUGCACAAAGCCACUGAUGCCGAGUAUGCUGUGAAGAUCAUUGACAAGAGCAAAAGGGACCCCUCAGAAGAAAUUGAGAUCCUCCUGCGGUACGGCCAGCACCCCAACAUCAUCACCCUAAAAGAUGUCUACGAUGAUGGCAAGUACGUAUACCUGGUGAUGGAGCUCAUGCGAGGGGGGGAGCUGCUGGACCGCAUCCUCCGUCAGCGGUGCUUCUCAGAACGGGAGGCCAGCGAUGUGCUGUACACCAUUGCCAGGACCAUGGACUACCUGCACUCCCAAGGGGUUGUUCAUCGGGACCUGAAACCAAGUAACAUUCUGUACAUGGAUGAGUCUGGGAACCCUGAGUCUAUCCGCAUCUGUGACUUUGGGUUUGCCAAGCAGCUGCGCGCGGAGAACGGGCUGCUCAUGACCCCCUGCUACACAGCGAACUUUGUAGCCCCUGAGGUCCUGAAGCGGCAAGGCUACGACGCAGCGUGUGAUGUCUGGAGCCUGGGGAUUCUGCUGUACACCAUGCUGGCUGGGUUCACACCUUUUGCCAAUGGGCCAGACGAUACCCCAGAGGAGAUCCUGGUCCGGAUUGGCAGCGGGAAGUUCGCCCUUUCUGGGGGGAACUGGGACUCCAUAUCUGACGCGGCCAAGGACGUCGUGUCCAAAAUGCUCCAUGUGGACCCACAGCAGCGCCUAACAGCAGUUCAAGUGUUGAAACACCCGUGGAUUGUGAACAGAGAGUACCUAUCCCAAAGCCAGCUGAGCAGACAGGAUGUCCAUCUAGUGAAGGGCGCCAUGGCAGCCACGUACUUUGCUCUGAACAGGACCCCGCAGGCACCAAGGCUGGAGCCUGUGCUGUCAUCUAGCUUGGCGCAGCGCAGAGGCAUGAAGAGACUCACAUCCACCAGGUUGUAAUGGCCGGCCGCCUCCAGCGUCAGCCUCCCUGCCCAACACCUGUCAGGCUCACAGAUGCCAGGUCCAGGUCCUCCUCAUGGGCACUUGAGUGACCCUGAGUCCAGCACAAAGAUGGAUCUGGCCUUGGCUGU